AUGGUUUUCAUUCCCAAAAAAAUGUUGCCAUGUCUGCCGGCAUCUUGGCUAAUUUCUUAUGGCACUCUCACUGCUGGUUUAUCCAGUUUUGCUUUAUGGCGAUUUAUGCACUUUUAUUACAACACUGAUAAUGAAAGUAAGAAAGCAACUACCUUCGAACACAUUAUGGAGGACAAUUUUAUUGUCGUGGCAGCCUUUAAUAUGGUCUUCUAUUUUCUUCUCUGCUUGGUCAAGGCUUUCCAAUACUUUUUCUUGGGUUUCCUUGGUGGUUCAGAGGCAGAAUUUGUGCGUGAGAAGUUGUCCCAGUUCGUAUUAUCUAGAGCUGUAUUUAUAAUCGGCAUAAUAAAUGCAACGAAAUGGAGUAGCUUACUUGGAUGGACUUUCUGGUUCGGUUGUCUCUGUUGCUUUUAUGGAUUGGCACGCUUAGCGCUUUCUCGUUGUGAAAAUCUUCUUGCAAGGCACGACGCUUCUAAAAGGGAAUGGUUUCGUUUUUGUCUUAUGCUUUUUAUUAUGAGCUGUUGUGUUGGCUUUAAUCUGGUUAUUGGUUUAAAAUACUGCUACUACUUGUCUGACGUGUUUCCAGAUACAGAUUUGUUCGGAGAAUUGGCUUCUUUGAGUUCAGAGAAGGAUAAUGCUGCAGAUAUUUACCAAAUUGUUCACGUUUUGGUCUAUAUGGUCUCUGAUUCAAUACUUGUAAAUGGCCUCAUUUGGAGAGUUUUGCUUAUCAUUGGAAUUCAAGCCUUUGAUGACAUUUCCUGGUCAAACAAUCUGUCUUUCUUCGAUCGCAGUCGCUGGUUUUAUUAUGUCAAUUUGAUAUUUGAUGUUGCUAACUUCUCUCUGCAUUUCCUGAAUCAUGUCCAUAUGCUCAUUUGGACUCGAAUGAUUUCUCUCCUAACGCCGAUAAUUUGUGUGCAGAUAUUCAUAAGUUACGGUUGUUUAGCUCGUCGUUUUCGUAAACACUUUGCAUAUAUGGAAAACAUCAAGGCUGUACAGAACGAAUUCCCUCUUGAGCGCUAUACUUCGAACAUUGUCGGUUCUGAAAGCGAAAUUGAGCAGUGUUCUAUCUGUUGGGAGCCUAUGCGUUCAUGGCGCAGGUUGCCAUGCCAACAUUGUUUUCAUGAGGAUUGUCUUACAACAUGGAUUGAGCAGGAUCCAAGUUGCCCCGCCUGCAGACGUCAAAUCCUCCUCAACACAUCUCAUCGACAACGUAGAUCUCGUCAGCUAACAUUCGUAGGAACACUCAUGCGAGAUCUCUUCAACGUUUUUGACUCAGAUCCUGUUGAACAAACGACUACUCCAACCGCGGAUGCACAAUUUCCUAUUAGAAAUGUCUUCUUGAGAUUGAGGAAUCGUGGUACGCCUGGUUAUGAUUUUAGCAUACGUGUAACCCUCGGCCCAGGAAGGCGUCUACUUAGACGUGCUACUCAAGUAGGACCGAAUGGAAAUGAUGGACAACGCAACGGAACGCCCUUAGAUAUCCAAGGAAAUGUCGGAAAUCAAGCAGAUGGGCAGAGCCAAGAGGAACGUAUUAUCCAGUCGACUACCCAAACUCGUUUCUAUCGUUUUGAUGGAUCUCGAUACUCAUCUUCGCUGCCAACGCUAGAUAUUGAAUUCUCUGAGACUGAGCAACAUGUAGCAGCUCCUGGCGUCACGACAACAUUGGCUAUGGAGCAGCAACAUCGCCAACGCCAGGUUCCAAAUCAACGGCCUCGAAUUCUUACUCAUUUUAGACCAUUAGCACAUCACACAACUUCUCAAUCUCAGCCUCUUCGUCCUCUUACAGCCAAUUUACGCUCUCAGGGCGAACAAAUUGCUGCAGCCUUUCCUGACUUACCACUUAACGUGAUUUUCUAUGACCUUGCCAUAACACGAGUUCCGGAGGUCACGGUGGAAAAUAUUCUUGCUAGAAGGAUUAGUCGAAACAUCGACGAGGGAGCCAUUAGAUUUGAGGACGAUACAUCUAAUCAAAUCACCCAGGAAAAUAUGAGUCAGACUGCGAAUGAUGGGACAGCAGGCCCAUCUCCCUCUGCUCAGUCCUCGAUUCAAAUCAAUAAUAGCGAGUCGGAUGAGCAGUAUCCUGAACCCCCUCCGUUAGAACAUCAGGAUAUCGAAUCCAUGUCACCUUCAGAUUUACUGGCAUUCCGUAGAAGGCAACUUCUCUUUAUUGCACGAAAUCGUUUCAACGCAAUCCAAGGGAGGCCUUCCGAUAGAGCCUUGCAUUAG